AUGUCGAAAAUACCAACAAUCAUAGGCGACAAUUACACUAUCCUUCCCGUCGCAAUUCCUUCUACACCCGCAUACCCCAUCACAUCAACACACCAUAUAUAUCUGCGACAACAUACUCCAAAGAUACCGACCGAGAAUGAUUCGCGCAGUCUAUUUGCAACAAAUCUACCUAUUGACUCAACAGAUGUACAUAUUCGAAGCAUAUUCGCAGCUUUAAUUGGCGUAGGAAGAGUUGAAGGUGUACGAUUCGAUGGAGAAAAGGAAGAGAUCACUGAGCAACAACAAAUCGAAACAGUUUCGCAGAGCAAGAAAAGGAAAAGAGGAAACAAUGUUCAGAUUGAUACUAGUUUACCACAAGGAUGGGAUAGGCAAUUGCGUUUUAAGGGCCGGACGGCUGUGGUUCUACUUGUAGAUGAGAAGAGCGUAGAAUCAGUUCUAAAAGCUGCACGAAAAACUUGCAAAUCAGGAAAAGAAUCAAAAUAUCCUGUUUGGGGCUCAGGUACCGAGGGAAAAGUGCCCGCUCUUGGUAGCGCGCGUUAUGCUAAGAGACAGGAAUUACGAUUCCCUGACAAAUUGGCGGUACAAAGAAGUGUGGAUGCUUUUAUGACGAAUUUUAAUAGCAAGGAAGAGGAAAGGGAGAGAGAAAGGAAGAGAUUGAGGAAUGUACCGGAUGAUGAUGGAUUUGUGACGGUAGUGAGGGGUGGAAGGACGGGUCCAGCGAGAAGUGAGGCGGCGGAAGAAAAGAGGAGAGAGAUGGCUGAGAAAGAGGAGAAGAGGAGAAAGGAGUUGGAGGAUGCAGGGUUCUACAGGUGGCAAGGACGAGAAAAGCGAAAGAAGGAGGUCGGAGAGCUGGUUAAGAGGUUCGAGGAGGAUAGGAAGAGGGUGGAAGGCAUGAGAGAGAAAAGAGGAAGGUUCAGGCCGGAGAGAUAA